CUGUUUUCAGGCCCAUGUUUCUCUAUAAAAGUCAUUUAAAUAAUCAUAUGUAUCAAUUCACGACAAACUGUGGCUUGAGGAUAUGAAAUGUUCUUUAAAUUCUAGAAAAAAACUGAAAAAAAGAUCUCCUCCUCUCGACGGCUGGGGUUGAAGAUCAGACUGUUGGCAGUUGCAGCUCAGAUGCUGCAGGAGGAGACGGAGCAGAGGAUGAGGGAGAGAGAAACUGUUCUGGCAGAAAAACUUCCUCCUCUGAAUAUGGAUGGUCUGUCUUUGCAAGAUCUGCAGGAUCUGUGCAAAGACAUGUACCAAAAGAUUGAUGUUGUGGACGAGGAGCGCUAUGACAUCGGCCUGAAGGUUUCCAAGAAUGGCAAGGAGAUUGAUAACAUGAACCUGAAGAUCAUUGAGAUCCAGAGUAAGUUUAAGAAACCGACCCUGAAGAGAGUGAAGAUCUCGGCUGAGGCCAUGCUGAGCGUCCUGCUGGGCUCCAAACACAAAGAGUCCAUCGACUUCAAGGCCAACCUGAAAACGGUCAAGAAGGAGGAGGAAAAGAAAGAGGAGGUGACUGACUGGCGUAAGAACGUGGAGGCCAUGUCGGGUAUGGAGGGCCGGAAGAAGCUGUUUAAUACAUCUGGAAACUAAAGAAAAAAGUAUUUUCCAGUGUAAAUAAUUUCAACAAUUCCCAGCAUAACCCACCAUCUGAUGUAUAUCAUGUAGAUGUAUGAAUUGCUAUAUGAGAUUAACACCCCCGAAAAUCAACAGUUUGGAAUAUUUAAAAAAAGGAGCUGUUUAAGCUUCAUGUUGUUUCAACUUAUAACAAUAGAUCAAAAUAAUACAUGUUUUCUGCCACAUGUUGUUUUCCUCUUGUUUGGUGAUGAUUUGACUUUAAUAUACUUCAGUAUUAAAUAAUGUGCAAUAGUUGUACAGCUGUAGCUGUAGUUCUCCACUUUAGCCUUCAGAUGGCAGUAUAAUUCUUUCGAUGUGUUUAUUGUGUCAACUAACUACUGAGGAUCAGUGAGGAUUGUGUCCCUCAUUAAUUCACAUUAUCUGAUUAAUCUGUUUCGAUCAAAUGCCAUUUAGUUUGUCCAAUUUGACAAUUUAUACCAACAUUAAAUACUAACUUUGUAGUGUUUAUUAAAGUUAGAGCAGUGAGAGUACGUAUCUUCAUAUUUUGCUUAUGUUGUUGAUACAAAGUUGGAACCAGCAAUGAUCCCUCAAUAAAAACACAUCAACCCUG